UCCUGCUCUCAGAGAGAAAUAAGGAGCAGAGUAUUAGGGAAGACUCGUGAAGGACUGAAGUGGUUUAAAGUUGUAUUUUUGUUUGGGAAUAUGUUGGAGAAUUCCAGGAGAGAAUCCUGCUAGCUAGUCAUGGCCCUGAGGGAGGGCUGAAGUCUGAAACCUCUGAGAGCCUGACUGAAAUACAGGAUCUCCACGCUGGAACCCAGAGGAGAGGGAGGACCUUGCUUCCCCUACUAGCUACCAAGGAAUAUGGGAUGAAAACAAAAUGUGAUCUGACUGGAGGGCUGAGUUAUGAGAAGAGGCAGACCACCAGAGUGACUCUUGCCAGGAGGCAAUGGAGGAAGGAGACUGCAAUACCACACCUGGCCAUGAGGAGACAGCUGCGCUCUGUGAGAGUCCGAACAGCAAGGAGAUGAAGAAUGUUCAUGUUGGCUAUCUUUAUUUCCUUCUUCCAGAAUUCAAGCUGAUGGGUUGAACUUCCAUGCAGGGUUCUUUGGACUCAGCAGCACUCCUGAUGUGAUAACCGUCUAACGUGAAAACAAACACGAGUGCAUGUAUAGUGAAUGGAACGUGCUAAAGUAGAUGGAGAGAACGUGAUGUCUCAAUAGACUGGGAGACACAGAAGGCUGAAACCAUUUGUCUGCAUUAAAACUGUGCGGCUUCCCUGCCAGAGACUCUCAGUGUUACACAUUCCUAUAUUCCAGUAGAAAAGCUACUAUCAGAUCACAGCUUCCCCAGCCGAAAGCCUGCGGCACCGAGGACGUUGUGGUGUGUACAAUAAUGUACUGCUGCGUGAUUUACCAUGGAAAAAUUGCUCUGCAGCAUCCUGGUGUUUGGAAUGGCAGUUGCGGUCAAUGCUUGUCCCAAAUACUGUGUGUGUCAGAACCUGUCAGAGUCGCUGGGGACUCUGUGUCCCUCCAAGGGCCUCCUUUUUGUACCACUAGACAUAGACCGAAGGACUGUUGAACUCCGACUCGGGGGUAACUUCAUUAUUAACAUCAGCCGACAGGACUUUGCCAACAUGUCUGGCCUUGUUGACCUCACUUUGUCCAGGAAUACCAUCAGUUACAUUCAACCCUACUCCUUUGCUGAUCUAGAAAGCCUUCGGUCUUUGCAUUUGGACAGCAAUAGGCUGCCCAACAUUGGAGAGGAUAUUUUGAGAGGCUUAAUUAACCUUCAGCACUUGAUAAUAAAUAACAACCAGCUGAGCAGCAUCUCGGACGAAGCCUUUGAGGAUUUUCUGGUGACGUUGGAAGACUUGGAUCUUUCCUACAAUAACCUCCAAGGCAUCCCCUGGGAAUCUAUAAGGAAGAUGGUAAACCUGCACCAGAUUAGCUUGGAUCAUAACCUGAUAGAUUAUAUUACAGAGGGGACGUUUGCAGAUCUUCAGAAAUUGGCCAGACUGGAUCUAACCUCUAACAGACUUCAAAAGCUCCCCCCAGAUCCCAUAUUUGCCAGGUCCCAAAUAUCUCCAUUAGAAGCAACUCCAUUUUCUCCACCUCUGUCUCUUAGCUUUGGAGGCAACCCGCUGCAUUGUAACUGUGAGCUGCUGUGGUUAAGGCGGCUUGAAAGAGAUGAUGAUAUGGAAACUUGUGCUUCUCCUCCAAAUCUAAAGGGAAGAUACUUUUGGUAUGUACGGGAAGAGGAAUUUGUUUGUGAGCCACCUCUCAUUACCCAGCAUACUCACAAGUUGCUGGUUUUAGAAGGGCAAACUGCCACAUUAAAAUGUAAAGCCAUCGGGGACCCAUCCCCAGUCAUUCACUGGGUGGCUCCAGAUGACCGACUCAUUGGGAAUUCUUCGAGGACAGCAGUCUACGAUAAUGGUACUUUAGAUAUCGUUAUCACGACAUCCAAGGAUUAUGGAACUUUUACGUGCAUCGCAGCCAAUGCUGCUGGAGAAUCGACCGCGACCAUUGAGCUCUCGAUCGUGCAGCUUCCACACCUCAGCAACGGUACGGGCCGAGCUGCCCCACCCAAAUCCAGGCUUUCUGACAUCACUAGCUCCAGCAAGUCCAAUCGAGGGGAGACGAAAGGUCCACCAGAAAGGACUGUCUUGGUGUCAGAGGUGACAACUACCUCAGCUUUGGUCAAGUGGACGGUGAGCAAGUCAGCCCCCAGGGUUAAAAUGUAUCAGCUGCAAUAUAACUGCUCGGAUGAUGAAGUUCUAAUUUACAGGAUGAUCCCUGCUACAAACAAAGCCUUUGUGGUGAACAACCUUGUAUCUGGAACGGGCUAUGACCUUUGUGUGUUGGCCAUGUGGGAUGACACUGCCACAACACUCACAGCCACCAACGUCGUGGGGUGUGCCCAGUUCUUCACCAAAGAGGACUAUCCUCAGUGCCAAUCCAUGCACAGCCACUUCCUGGGUGGGACAAUGAUCUUAGUCAUUGGAGGCAUCAUUGUGGCGACUCUACUGGUGUUCAUCGUCAUACUCAUGGUCCGGUAUAAAGUUUGUAACAAUUCCCAGGGGAAGAUGGCCAAUGUCAGCAAUGUCUACUCACAGACUAAUGGAGCUCAACCCGUUCAAAAUGGGGUCCUGCCCCAAGUCAACCCCAAAGUGGUGGUAAGAAAUGAACUCAUGGAGUUUAACUGUGAAUCUGUACAGAGCAGCAUCUCCUCCUCUUCUAGUUCAGUGAAUAGCCGCGACUGUGAUGAUUAUAGCCUCCAAAGUGAACAAGGCACAUUGUCCAGUAAGUGGAGGCCUCCUUCUAGGUCAAAACAUAACAUUGAUCGGCUAAUGGGAGCUUUUGCCUCCCUGGAACUGAAAUGUCAGAAAAAGGAGGACACGGUAGACUCCAGAACUUCCACAGUGGCCCACCACUCGGACAAAGAGCCGCUUCUGGGCCAACAGGAGUCAAAAUUCCGUAGUCUCCUCAUGUUACCACUGGAGGGGAAAACAAAACGUAGCCAUUCUUUUGACAUGGGGGACUUUGCCACAUCUCAAUGUUGCACCUACCCAAAAAAGAUAACGAACAUUUGGACAAAGCGCAGCCUCUCGGUGAACGGCAUGCUCUUGCAGUAUGAUGACAAUGACUUAGCAGGGACGAAAGGGACUUAUGGGAGUUCAGAAUGGGUAAUGGAAAGCACAGUGUAAAUAACAGCUUCUCCCUCCUCGCUUCUCCCUAAUUACAUCAAAUGUAAUAGAAUUUGGUUUUGUUGAAAAGCCAUGGAAAUGAAAAGGGGGGGAGGAAACAUGCUCAACCACACUGGAGAAAAGAAAAGAGAGAGAGAGAGAGGUAAAUAAAAAAAAUAAGAUAACAAAAGAGAAAAAAGGUAAUGAAAUGCUAAUAAGCAUGUGUGGCCCCAUUAAUGUCCGGUCCCAACAAAACUGAGUGUGAACAUUUCAAGGAAUUUACCAGUCGUAUUUAGCGUUGCUUUCCAAAAGUCGCCUGGUCUCCCGGUGAUCCGACAAACAAGCUUAAACACGGAUUAAAGUGGGUUUAGCAGCACAUAUUUAAUUCAAAGGGUUUGGGGUUUUUUCCCUUCCCUUUUUGGUAACCUGUGAAAUACACUCCCAUGGAUAGAAGACUGAUGCAAGUAUGUCACUGGCUGUAAUUGAACAUGUCAUCACAGAACUACACUAAGGGCAUCUAUGGGGACAGAAUAGAUCAAUUUUUCAGCUGAAUCUCUUGGUGUUAUCAAAAGCAUAUGGAGAUUUCUCCCCCGCCCCCCAUUGUUGGGCUGAGGGGUUUUUUGGUUGGGGUGGUUUUUUGCGGGAAAAAGGGAUGUUUCUUUUUUCCUUUUUGUUUUUAUUCUCUCAUCAAAUCCCUGUGAUGAAACCAAGGAUAUGUACAAAGAUUAAACUCUUGAUGUGUACUGUAUAACCCGCCUUCAACACCACCCUUUAUGUCCUAGGAAAAUGAAAUCUAGGGGGCUAAUAAAUUUUAAAAAUAA